GCUUGUUCGAGUAUAACCAGUGUUGUCUGGCUUCUUUGGCUGAAGGACGUCUGGAAUGACGGUUGAGCGCCGAUGAAAAUACCAGCCCUGGGACUUCGAAGGCGCAUCCAUUGCAUUCUCUCUACAUCCUGCCCUCUGCCAGAGCACGAGAGCGGUUGGUGGCUGAAGAAAUGAGAUAUUGCAACCCGAUUCAGGAGUCAAUGCCUUCAGCAAAUGCGGGCUUCUGCCUCGUGGGGCCCCGGCACUCCAGCAGGACGGAUCUGGGCAUUUGAUGAUUCGGGCCAAGGAAUGCACAGGAAGAUGAUUUCGAGGGCUUCCCGACCACAAUGCUGGCGUCUUUGAAGGCGGGCUGGAUCACAAGACGGUUUUUUAACGACAGUCGAAUGUGAAUGUGUAUGAGGUGAGAAGGGGCACCAGAUAAAGUGUGUGAACGGAUAAUCCAAGAGCCCUCUUUGUCUGUUGCGGCCAAGUUUGUGACCGCUGCUGCGUUGGUCUGUGUCCAUGGUGCCAGGCGAGAGAUCAGAGCAUCAAAGACCUUCACAGCAUAGGCAUCAAACGAACCUGUCGCGACGAGGGGUAAGUUGGAACAUUCCGGACUCUCUUCGACAUUUUCCCACCAGCUCUACAUUGAGGGCAUCUCUGGACUUCGACGAAGGAAAUCUCAGCAAGGAGCAAGAUUGAUAUCACGUGGGUGGUACAGUGGCACUCGCCUCACCUCAUUCCCUUUGUCCCAAACCUCACAAACCGCCUGGUCCCCUAUAGAGGGAUAUCCAAGCCCUCGAAGCUUCGUCUAUCUUUCACUCUGGAAUCAAAGUGGAUUGAUCAUAACACAGGUGGUUGAUUCGGCAACUAGAGCCGCGGUUGAUAUCUCUCUUUCCUGCCUACAAAUAUCCCCCUCCCACUCUGCAACACUCUCACACUUUCCCAUCUCUCCACACCUUGACUCAUCCCUCGUUCAAGCUCCCUUUGCAGCUUGACCCUGUUGAACAACGUCUGGGGCGAACCUCGCAGUCGGCGCUUUUCCAACGGCUUCAGGUCAAGGCAACAUGGCCGACAAGGCUUUCGACACCUCCGAGAUGGCUGCUGCCAUCCCGGAUGCCACCAAUGGCGAUGCUCCUGUCCAUCGUGUCGACCAGGAGAGUCUCCAGCGCGCUCGUGAGCUCGGUUGGGUCGAACCUCAAUCCUACCACUACGGUGCCACUGCUCCCACCACUGUCCUUACAGAUGCCCCUCCUCCUACCGAUGAAGACGGCGAUGAGCUUGUCAGUAUUCACAAGGGAAGUACUUGGGCUCAUGACGCGGAAAAAUACGAGUGGAAAGAGGAAUAUGGUGAAGUCGGCCCCCGAAUUGAGAAGCUCGAGCAAGAACUCUUCCGAGCCGACUACAUCAAUCGUGCUGGCGAAAAGUUCGCGAAUCUUGCCUCGGUGAAGGUCAUCGUCGAAUCCAAGACUCGUGUCAACCCAAUCUCCGACUUCAAGAGCGCUGGCCUCCAUCCUGUUAUGUUGGAGAACAUUACGCUCUGUGGCUAUGAGUUCUCCACCCCAAUUCAGGCAUAUGCCAUUCCCGCUGUCACCACUGGCCAUGAUAUGAUCGGUGUCGCUCAAGCCGGUUCUGGCAAGACUGCAGCUUUCUUGAUUCCCUGCAUCUCUCAGCUCAUGGGCAAGGUGAAGAAGCUUGCGGCUCCUCGACCAAAUCUAUCUGCUGGGUUCGAUCCUGAUCGCGAUCGCGUUCGUGCUGAACCGCUUGUUCUUGUCGUUGCGCCGACUCGCGAGUUGUGUUGUCAAAUCUUCGACGAGGCACGUCGUCUUUGCUAUCGCUCCAUGAUGCGCCCUUGCGUUGCCUACGGUGGUGCUCCUAUCCGCGAUCAAGUUGCUCAAUUGAACCGUGGUUGUGACAUUCUUGUCGCGACUCCUGGUCGAUUGCUCGAUUUCAUGGGUCGCCCUGAUGUCCUCUCUCUAUCGCGUGUCCGGUAUACCAUCAUUGAUGAGGCUGAUGAGAUGCUCCAUGACGAUUGGGAAGAAGAAAUGGCAAAGAUCAUGGGCGGCGGUGAUGCCAAUGAGGAUGGCGAUCAUCGUUAUCUUCUCUUCUCGGCUACGUUCCCCAAGCGUCUUCAGAAGUUGGCUGCUAAGUUCCUUGCCGACGAUCACGUCCACAUCAGCAUUGGUCGUACUGGAUCUUCUCACAACAAUGUCAAGCAGCAUAUCUUGUGGGUGGAUCAGGACAAGAAGAUGAGAGCUCUCUACGACUUGUUGAUCUCCAUGCCUCCAUCUCGUACCCUCGUCUUUGUUCGCUCCAAGAAGACUGCCGACUUCGUCGACGACUACCUGUUCAACUUGGGAAUGCCCUCGACUUCCAUCCACUCGGAUCGAACUCAGAGUGAGCGUGAAGAUGCCCUUCGUUCCUUCAAGGCUGGUCAAUCUCCAAUUCUUGUCGCCACUGGUGUCUCCGGCCGUGGUCUGGACAUUCGCAAUGUUAUGCAUGUCAUCAAUUUCGAUCUCCCAUCCGCCGAGCAUGAUGGCUUCAGUGAAUACAUCCAUCGCAUUGGUCGUACUGCUCGUAUUGGCAACGAAGGCCUCGCUACCUCGUUCUACAAUGACAAGGACGAUGCCAUGGGUCCAUUCCUCACCAAGAUUCUCAUGGAGAACAACCAAGAUAUCCCGGAAUUCCUCCAACACUUCAAGCCCGAAGAUGGUAUCCUCAACUUUGAUGAAGAGGAGGAAGAUCCUGAUAUGGUGACAACAGAUGGUGGUCCAAACGGCGCAGCAUGGGCUUCUGGAGAAGGUGGCGAUGCCAAUGCUGGAGCUGCCCCGGCUUGGGGUUCUGGUACUGGCAAUGCUGCAGCUGCCGCUCCUGCGGAGACCUGGGGCACUACUGGUGGAAACGAUGGUGGUGCUUCUACUGGUGGCUGGUAAGAUGCCAACUCGGUCCUCGGCCGCAAGUGUGGUCUUCGAUUCUUCAAGACCAUACAGUGCGGUCGAUGCAACAUCGCAUUGGCCCAGAUUGUGGUCUACUGCUUCUUGUGUUGGCAGUGAUACUUCUCUUGCUCACUAGUCAGCAUCAUGAUGGUGCGGAAAGAAAGGUUUCAAUGAUUCCGAUGAGAGAAGAUGAGAGCAUUGCAACGAGAAGAUAUGAUUUGGAGCUCUCCGCCCAGGGCUUCAUGCUCAGGAUUCUCCGCAUGGCAUCUAUUGCGCGUCUUGUCAUGUCACUUGCUUUGCAGGCCAUGAUUCGUACUUCAGAAUGCCUGAGAUUCAAAAUGGAUAGCCCAG